GAACAGCAGCAAGAGAGAGCAGGCUCUACGAAAGAAUGCGCCAACUCUGCUGCUGACGGUUCGUUGCGUGCCGCAACUGAUUGUGAACCCAAGAAGCGACCCGAAGUACCUGAGCCGAACGGGCCAAACACGCUCACUGAAGAGGCGGCCCAGCGACUGCUGGCAGAUUACAAACGCCUGAAGGAUGAACGAGAGUGCAAGAUCUGCAUGUCUGAGGAAGUGCGUGUAGUUUUCACUCCCUGCGGACAUUUGGUGUCCUGCGUCCAGUGUGCAUUGGUCAUGCUUUCCUGCCCCAUGUGCCGGGCUAAGAUUAAGGGAAGAGUCCGAGCGAUCCUGCUGUAA